UGUAAUAACAAAAAACAGUGUCUUGAGAAAAUGUCUCCAUUAGUUUUUUUCUUCCUGUAAUAACAAAAAAGAGUGUAAUAAUAGUAAACCUGGUGGUGCAUAAAGUAACACUUGCUCUUUUUUUAUUUUAUCGGGCCUAAUAAUAACCCAUAAUCUUCAAGUGUCAAAAGCGUAAUUAAAGAUGAAGUUUGGGGUUGAAAUGUGAAUAGUACAUGUCUGAAAGAAACCCUAAAUAAACCCUAACCAGUUAACAGAGAACGAUUCAGAGUGGUUAGGUUGAAGAAUCCUUUUCGCAUGCCUGCAAAUCCAUCAGGCAUCAAAGGAAUUUCAACCCUCUUCUCUUUCACCCCUCGCCAAGUUCUGUUAAGCAACCGCACCAUGAAGAACGGCGCAGAGAACGGAACCGUGAAAUCGGAACAAAAGGGGAAGCUUAUUCUUCAUCAAUCGAUUGCUCUUUACUUGGAGCAUUCUGGAUUCUCCAAAACCCUGAAGAAGUUUCUCUCUGAAGCGAAAAUCGAGAAAGAUAAUACAGAGGGUUCAACAGUUGAUCUAGAAGAAUUGUGCCGCAGAUAUUUAGAAACACGCGAGGAUGCUAAGGAAGAUAUUAAUGAUCAAAAGGAGCAAGUUUCAGGUUUGCCCUCCAAAAAUGAAGUGGAAAAGUCUAAGGGAAAAAAGAAAAAGAAAAGCAACUUAGUUUCUGAAUCUGUUCUUAAUAAUGUGGAAGAGAACCAAUUGGAGUCACCGACUGUGGUUACAGAAAAUAAAGUUAAGGAUGAUUUAUCCACAGAUGCCAAAGUUGAUAAUGGUGCUGAGACAGAGAAGCGAGCCAAACAUAAGUUGAAAAGGAACAAAAAGUCCAAUAUUGAAGAGGAUGCAAAAGAGCAGAUUGCAGUUACAGAAAAUAAAGAGAAGGAAGAGUUACCUGUAGAUGCCAAAGUUGAAAAUGGUACCGAGACAGAGAAGAAGUCCAAACAUAAAAAGAAAAAGAAAGAUAAGUCAAAAAGUGAAGGGGAUGCAAAAGAGCAGAUUGGAGAUCCUGAUGCAACUGUUUCAGAAAAAGAGAAUUUCAAAGCAUCAAAUGAAGAAGCAACACCUGAGGAGAAGAAAGAUUCUAAGAAAAGAAAAAGACCAAAUUCUAAAGAAAAUGGUGAAGAAGAUACUGAAAUAAAGGAAGAUGAAGAAACCAAACGCAGAAAAAUAGAAGAUUUGAAAGAACCACAGGGAGGAGAGCAAUCAGUAAAAACAGAUGGGCAUUAUGAGAAUGGGACAGAGAAAUCUUCUGAGCAAAAGUCUCAGAAGAAAAAAAACAAGGAGUCAGUUGAGAAAAAACCAGUGAAGGCAGCAUUUCAACGAGUACAAGUUGACAAGUUAGACUUUGUUGACGAGAGGCUUCAGGAUAACUCUUAUUGGGCAAAGGGUGGUGCUGAGAGUGGUUAUGGUGCAAAAGCAGAAGAAAUUCUUGGCCAAGUCAGAGGAAGGGAUUUUCGUCAUGAGAAGACCAAGAAGAAACGUGGGACAUAUAGGGGAGGAGUUAUUGAUUUAGACUCCCACUCAGUUAAGUUUAAUUAUUCAGAUGAGGAGUGACUCGAAAGCAUACUGGUUAAUUUAUUUAUUUUUGUCAAGAAAUUGUUUUCAUGUUUGCUACUGGAGCACCAUGCUAAAACCGGUGUUGUCAUCAAAAUUUUGCUAAAUUAUGGUUCAUUCAAACAAAAUUGUUUGUUUGGACAACAAUAUUUCAACAGUUUUAAAUGCUUGGAUUCUGGGGUGGGAUCUUCUCCCUUAACUUAAUUGAUUGUGAUUUAAACUUGAGUAGUAUUUUAUGAAGAAUUUGUCCUUAUUGAAGUUCAUUAA